AUGUCGUACGCCGGGCGUCGCACCAUCUCUCUCUGGGGCACCGCGGCCAUGGGAACCAUGUGCUGCAUCAUCGGCAUUCUCGGGGCGGUGCCGCACCACAACUCCGGCCCGGUCUGGGGCAUGUGCUCGUUGAUGGUCAUCACCAACCUGAUUUACGAUCUGACCGUGGGCCCGCUCUGCUUCACCGUGCUGUCUGAGGCGUCGGCCGUCAAGCUUCGGGGUACGACCAUUGCCAUCGCGAACAUCACCGUCACCAUUUUCUCCAUUGUCUUCGCUGUCGGCAUUCCAUACGCCAUGGACGUCAACGGUGCGAACUGGGGAGGCAAACUGGGCUUCUUGUUCGCCGGCAUUGGCGUUCUCAACGUGGCAUGGUGCUACUUCUUCCUACCUGAAACCAAGGGGAGGACGUUCGAAGAGCUUGACUUGAUGUUCCAGCUCAAGCUCCCGACCCGCCGGUUCAAGGCCUACCAGAUUGAAGGGACCCAUGUGGCUGCGAAGGAACUCGGUAAGGACGAGACUACGACGGCUCCUUCGCAUUAG